CAAGUUUCUCUUGUCUUGUUUUGCUCUUGAUGUCUUUAACGAUUAGAUAUGAUAAUCUUGUAACGUAUUGUCGUUCAUCAGAUCAGAAGACUCGUGAUGUUCUUGUCCACGGAAUCGUUGCAGCAUGCCUACUAAUUACUGUGGCUGUUUUCAUCGUUAUCUGCUGGCGCCGUGAAUCCCGAAUCAAGAGAUCCUUACAACUUUCAGUUUUAUUGUCAAAGCCUAAAUUUGAAUACGAUGCGUUCGUUAUUUACAGCUCCUACGACUCGGACUGGGUGAUUAAAACUCUAAUUCCAAUUCUUGAGAGAAAGCAUAGUUUUAAAUGCUGUGUACAAUACAGAGAUUUCGUUGUUGGAGUACCUUUUCGUGAAAAUAUGGUCAACAGUGUUUACAAGUCUAAAACUAUAGCAGUCGUGUCUAAAAACUUUUUCAAUAGCAAUUAUUAUGGUUCUGAGAUGGAUUACGCCCUCCAUCGACUUAUGGAAAGGAAAGAUGAUAGUGUAGUCGUCAUCAAACCUGAUGACGUUGACAGAGGAAAACUCCCCAAGGAGUUGCGAAAAAGGAGUUAUAUUGACUAUCCAAAGACUGUUGAAAAGGAUCACUGGGAAAGAAAACUAGUUCAUUGUUUAAAGAUCCCAAACAAUCAGCUACAGGAACAGAUUUUGUAAGAAGCUCUCUUUUGUCCAUGCGGUCACUAACUCGAACU